AUGUCGGUCACAACAAAGCCACAAAAAAAGGAAAGGGUGAAAAAGACGAGAAACAGAAUUCCCACAUCGUGUGAAAUAUGCCGAAAAAGAAAAUUGAAGUGUGACAGGAAGCAUCCGUGUUCGAACUGCGUGAAAUAUCAUAGUGAAGGUUUAUGCAAGUAUGCAAUACAGGAAUCAGCCAACUCUACACCUAAAGCCAAACUCACAAGCGAGAUCUUGAGAUUAAAGCUGAGGAUCAAGAAGCUUGAGCGUAUUAUGGACUUGAAUGAAAUCGACCCCUCCAAAUAUGACGAUAUUUCACUUGUCACUGGGUCAGGCGGCAAAAGUGGAAUUCACAACAUGGAGGAGUUCAACGCAAAUAAUUCUUUGGAUGAGGAUCCACUGAUUUCGUUGACGAACAGGUUUGACCAGCUUGUUAUUAAAGGAAACCGUGUUCUGCACUCCGGAACAACAUCGUUUUUGGCGUUUAUUCGAGGUGAUGUCCAACUUAUGAGACUCUUCAAACCAUACUUUGAUCGCCAUGACAUCGAAUAUGCAGAGUACAAUCGUAGAAUACAGAUGAAGGCUUCUGACUUUCCCGGAACUUGCAUUGAUGAACCUCUAGCAUUUCUAACAGAUGCAGCAAUAAAUGAACCUCGGGCUUGUACAAGCGACAGCUUGGAUACAUCUGCCUCCAAUGCAUUGCAGCUGAAGUAUGCAGCCCACAUUGUUGCAAUAAUGGAGAAAAUCAACAAGAUACUUCCUCCAAUGGCUGUUCUUCGUGAUCUUGUCGAUCACUUCUUCAACAAAGUGUAUUGCAUGAUUCCAUACAUAGAUGAGGACACUUUUAGGCAGGAGCUAACGUAUGUGACCGUUCCAUUGUCAGAUGGGACUUGCAAAUUGGCUUUGGCACACAUGCAAAAUGCAUCAAUUGUAGCUUUGCUUUUGAUAGUUUUGAGGUUUGCAUAUAUAUCGCGGUCUUCCGGAGCGAUUGUCACAUCUAAUAACUCUCCUGCUGUAGGUCCUGAGUUUAUUGGUCUUGCAAAAGACUUGAUGAUGUCACUACCGCGGGAUAAUUCGAUCUUUAAAAAGGUCACUAGGAGAAACAUACAAGUUAUGCUCAUGCUUGUGCUUUAUCACACGUAUUCCCCAGAAUUGAACGAGACUAACCCUGAGUCUGCAAUAAAUCUCACUACUCUAAUUGAAAUGGUGCGUGUAUUUGGUGGAAACCGGGAUCCAACAAACUUCCCUAACGUGUUUAAAGAUGCAAGGCAAAAUAACAUCUACAGAAGAAUGUUCUACGAGAUGUUCUAUCUAGAUGCAUUGAAUUCUUUUACUUUCGGAUGUCCGUUGACGUUUCACGAUGAUGAAUACGACGUGGAGCUUCCAAAACUUCCUAGAAAGGAAACGAAGAUUAUGAGGCAGUUCAGAAAGGGAGAGAAAGUGAACGUUUCAUCGUAUAAUCUUCGUAGGCUGUUUAUUGAGGAUACCAGCAAUAUGUACACAAAAAUGAUUUACGAGGCCACCUUAAUAUUGAGAGAUGGUGUCAAGGCUUUCCAGGAUGUUCAUGCAGGAUCAAAAAGAUCGUGUAUGGAGAAAGUUAUCAAGAGGUUGGAGAAUUUCCUUGAAAAUAAGCAGCCUGCACUAACUGCGAUGAUUCACGGCAGUGACAUUGAAAAGUACUUUGUUGGCUCCAGUGCACUUUUCGGCUUCUUUAAGGUUCCGAUGUUUCGGUGUUAUGAACUCCGUCUCCAUCUUUUGUCUGUCGUCAACACAUUUUACUACCUCUUAUACUUGAAUGAGGCAAACACUAAUGUCAGCGAUUCGAACGAGGAAAAGCACGCUACUCUUCAAAGCAGGUAUGAAGUGAAGUCUACAGAAUCUGCAUUGAUCCUUUUCAAGGAUGCGUUCGACUAUGCAAAAUACUACACGAGCCGAAAAUCCACGAAUACUGCUUCUGCAAAGGACAUGAAGUACGAAAAGUUCAGUGAGGGAUUGGAACCCUUCUUUAUGACAAAGUGCACUGCACUCCAAGAGAGAACCAUCCUGUGGCUAUUUGCAGUUAUUCUCAGAAAUUUGGAUCCCGAGGACCAUAGCAGGAGUUUAAAAGACAUAAUUAGCGACUUUGGAUCCUCAACGGAGACGUUGAUGACACUGGAGUGGUUCAGUCUAGAUAUCGAGUGCAACAGCUGCACGAAUACCAAGUAUAUAUACGUUUUGCUGCACUACUUGAAGGAGUAUUAUUUCUUGUGCAACUCGUUGAAAGAUGAGAUAUUCUCUUGCUGGCGAAACACGUUGCAAGUAAGAUUCUUUAUCAACUAUCUACAUGUGACUGAGGCUGAUAAAUUUAAGCAGCUGGUGGAUCCAGCAGUUGUGUUUUCUGAUUCACAGAAGGUGCCAACAUCAGCCAGUCCGCCAAAGCAGGAUAAUGUAUAUUCUGCAAAUGGAGGGAUGCAAUCAAACUCCUUGGAACAACUGGUGAGCGGCGAUUUGAACGAGUUCUUCGUGAGCGAUAAUCAGCAGAAAGUCGAGGAUCUUCUUUAUCAAGGUAAAACUUCUGAUGCUUUGGAUCAGAUUGUUGCGGAAUCUUCAAAGUACUCAGACCCUUCUCUUGACUUUGGAAUGCUCAAUAGUGUGGUGCUGCAGGAUGAUGACAAUUCGGCAAACAUCGUUUCACACAGCAAAAGUGGUCCGGCUAGUUUUAUUGAUGCUUCUCCUAAUUUCUCAAUGAGUGUAUCCUCAACCUCUGGUUCAUCGGCAAGUCCUGGAACUGUUGAUCCUAGAAUGGUGUCUUCAAGUUUUUCUAGUCAAGGCACUUCUGAUAAGCAAAAGGGGGCAUCUUCAACGAGUUCUUUAACUCCAGGAAACGGACAACCGUAUAUAGUCAACUCGUUUGUUCCAGACUCGGAAUUUAGGUACACCGAUCCAUCGUUGUUGAAAAAUCAGGAAAUAAACUUGGCUGACUUAUUGUCGAAACUUCAGAAUGGCUCUGAUUUUGUAACUCAGGGAAGCUGA